CCGCGCCCCGAGGGCUGUGCGUCAGCGCCGAGCGACGGGGGCUCGCGGUGGUGGCGUGGCUGCUGCGCCGCGGCGGGGCUGGUGUGGGUGCCGCGUUGCGUGAGGGCGGCAGGUCACACACUGGGCCUUCACAUGCCACAGUGACCCUCAGGAGGAAUGACAGUCGUGGGCAGCAUGCUUGGCCUGGUGCGGCAGCAUGUGGUGAUGGGGGCCUCCUGUGUGGGCCGCUGCCUGCACAUAUCUUCGUGUCGAGCUGACAGCAGCAGAGCUUCGCUCACUCGUGUGCACAGACAGGCCUAUGCACGCUUCUACCCCAUGCUCCUGGUCAAGCAGGAUGGCUCCACCAUUCACAUCCGAUACCGGGAGCCCCGGCGAGUUCUGGCGAUGCCUGUGGACCUGGAUGCCCUGUCCCCAGAGGAGAGGCGGGCACGGUUCCGCAAACGUGAGGCCCAGCUCCGAGGGAAGAAGGAGGAGGAGGAGCCAGAGCUCCCUGACAGCUUUGACCUGGAGCAGUACAAGCAGUUUUGGACCAAGAAGUGAUCAUGCCCACAAGCUGCCCUGCCUCAGGAUGCUGUAGAAGGGGAGGGCAUUCAUCUUUAAAUGGAGUGUCAGGAUUUUAAA